AUGGUGGUCAUACAUAGUGGACUUGUAACUCCCGUAUUGGAAAUUAUGUCACUAGUUAAGCCGUUACCUUUUGAUGUGGAUGUGUUGUUGGAUGAACAUCCCGAUAUGACAGUUUAUCAUCGCCCUCCAUUGCGGAGCCGUGGUAGUGGAAGUAAAUAUAUUUGCAAUCAUCAUCCUGUUGAAUUGCUUUCUUAUGAAGUGUACUUGUGUGAUACGGAAGAUGAACCAGUUGUCGAUUUUGAAGUGGAUAAUCAAAUUGUCGUACGAUAUCAACUUAACCCGUAUUGUGCUGCUUCAGAGUUUCCAUUUCCUCGUGUGUUUGGAAAUACAAUCUACCGUAACCAAAGACCUUACCUCCGUCCUGCGUAUGUGGAAGUUGCACAUGGCUCUGGCGGUUGUUGUUUCAAUGGUAGCGGAUCAUCAUAUGGCAUUAAUGUUUGUGUGGCUCCCACUGAUAUUUUUGCUGGUUUCCCUCGCUCCAAUAAUGGUGAUGAUGCUGUUAUUUACUCUACGGUACCCCACAUCAGGAAACUCCUACAGCGGCCCUUUUCCCCCUUUAUGGAAUGUGGUCCCUUAAUUGCGGAUGAUGUUUUCUUUCAUUGGGAUACCCUUGGUUUGCUUAGUUUGACUGAUACGUGUGAUUUGGGCAUGUUCACAAUUGAGGGUGUGUGUGGUGUAUCCUCACAUAUUAUGUAA